UCUGUCCUUUUAAUUUUUCAACGUUAGAAGGGACUCUUAUUCGAACUGCUGGAGAUUGUCCAGCCCAUCUAGCACUCUACGUUGGAAGUGUCAUCUGUUGUCCACAACUUGAGAGCCUUUUUUCAAGUCUCUCUGGGUCAAUACAGCCUAGACUCGGGCAAUCUUGGGCUGAACGUUACAGAAUCUCAAUACUGCUUUUCAGACUCCCAAAAUCUUAUGGUUAGUUUGGGAGCCAACACAUCCUUAGGAGAUCUUUGUGCUGCUCAACCUGCUAAUCUUACCAGUGGUUUAUGUCCAGUUACCAAGGUUAGCCAACUGGAAGAGAUGAUAAAUACUACUAAGUUAUUGGAUGCAUGCCAUUCGGUGGACCCUCUAAAGGAGUGCAUCGAAGAACCUAUUUGUCAAUCACAGGUCAUAGACAUAGCCACUCAAAUGGCUGGGCAGCUUGUAGAUGAUCCAGGUCAAUGUAAACGUCAGGUGAACAGCAGAUGGUGGUUGAUUGCAAAAACAUGGUCCUUGCAUGGUUGGCAAAUAAGCUGGCUAGCAUUCAUGUGCGAGUGUCCUCUGGAAUUUGGAGAUCCCAUGCCUGUUGCCAAAGCAUGUGGCUGCUCAAGUACGCCAUCCAGUGCGACUUGUUGCAGAGCCAUAGACGGAUACUUGUUGGAGGUUCAGCAGCAGAUGUUGAUUACUAAUUUGCAUGCGCUCCGCUGUGUGACAUUCUUGGCUUCCAUGCUUCAAAAUAUGUCCGUCUUUACAGAUAUUUACUUCUUGUGUGGAAUCGACCUUAAGAAUUUCUCUCUUCAAGGAGUUGGUGGACAAGGUUGUUUACUUUCAAGUUUACCUUCCGACAUUAUGAGCAACGUUACAUGCAUCGACUUUACCUGCGAUUUAAAUGAUGAUAUAGCGACUCCCUGGGUUCAAACUCUCAAGACUGAUGCAACAUAUUCUGUGUGUGGUCGAUCUCCGGUUGCUCUGUCAGCCAUUCCAGAAUCUUCGAUGGCCUCUUGGACAAUCGAUUUUCAAAAAAGGAACUUUCUCAUUAUGGCAUUGUGUGUCGUAUUUAUCAUAUCCAAGCUGUAGGAGGAAAGCACAAACUAGUGCCUCUGAAGUCUUGUAACCCUUGAUCUUUCUUGCUUCUUUCGCACACAGAAUCCUAGGUGAUAAACUAGAUUUUGGUAGGUCAUUCGCGUUUAUGAAACAUCUAAUAUGACUCCCGCUUGUAGUUCCAUUUUUUUUUUGUUUUCAAUAUCUAUGUAGACCUGCCACAAUAUUGCUCAUAUAUCGUAGCUGUUUAGUUUGUUUAGAGACAGAUAUGUACGCGAUAUGUAUUUAGCUCUUGAGGUAGUCAUUUAGAACCUUCGUGAAGCAGCUUUUUUUGGUACUUAACAGGUUGAUGUUGAGUCGUAAGAUACACACGCACUUCUUUAACGCAUAGAUGUUUCAUUACAGCAUAUGACAUGACGCCAAGUACUAUAAAAACUCAUUGUAAGAAUUCAAAGUCAGGAUUAGAGGGGAAAAAACAAAAAAUAAAACAUUAUUAAACUGCU